GUAUAAACUCUCUCUUUUCAUCCAGUUGAAUAUACAGAAUAAUUCUUCUUCUUCUUCAAUUCUUCAAAUCCUUCUACUUCGCAACAUGGUAUCAGAGCUCAGAGAAUAAGGAGUCUCUUCUACCAAUCUACAAUGGCGACUGCGUGGCUGACGAUUGGAAAUCGCGCAGCUCCGAUUGAUAGCAACACCACAGCUCCGGCAGGAACUCCGGCGAAUGGAAACACCACACCGGCAAACUCUCCCAGUACACCGUCAGGAUUGAACGCUUCUGAGGUAACAUUCAAUCCUCAGAGCUAUUCCAACCCAUACUACCUGCACAUAAAUGAGAGCCCAGCCCUAGAAUUGGUUUCCUGCCCUCAGUUGGGUAGUUCAUGUUUUGAGAGCCAAUUACAUCAGACAGGAGAGAACAACUCAACUCCUAGUGCCUUCUUGACUAGAACAGAAGGGGGUUCUCAGACAGGCUACAAAAGGGCAAUGAUGAAUAACAAGAGGCCUGUGUGCACUCACUGUGGGUACACAGGUCAUACUGAAGACAAAUGUUACAAGAAGCAUGGUUAUCCACCUGGGUGGAAACCAAAAUCAAGAAAUCAAGGUGCAGUAAAUCAGGUUCUAGGAAGCCAACAGUUUAACAGUAAUGGAAGCAUGAUCUUCACACAAGAGGACUUCAAGAAGUUUCUGAGCUUCAUGCAGUCAAAUGAACCAGCUGUUGAUGGCCAAAAUUCUCCUCUAGAUCAACCCUCAAAAGUUCUGGUCAACACUGUAUCAGCUGACUUGCAGAUGGAAGAUAUAGUAUGAGAAUGAGUUCUGACCAGUGCACAAUACAGGAUGCUGUCCUUGGGAAAAUGAUUGGAAGGGCUAAGCUGAGAAAUGGGUUGUACUUUCUGAUGUUCCCUGAAUCUACACCUUUUGUAUGCAAUUAUGUCUCUAGCACAGAAAAGUGUACUUUGUGGCAUACUAGGCUAGGCCAUGCUUCUUAUGCCAAGUUGCAUUUGUUAAAGGGAUUAGAUCCCCUAAUUCAUGUCAAUAAAAGCUUGAUUUGUGAUAGUUGUCAUUUUGCUAAACAAACAAUACUCCC